AUGGCUGAAAAAUCAGCUUUAUAUGAAGCUGAAGGAUUUGCUUUGGUUAUGUUGUGCAGUUGUCGUUUAAUUACUAGACGUUUGUCUGUUCAUAUUCUCAGGAAAUGUCGAGCUUUAUCAAAUUUAAUCCAAUCCGCUACUUAUGAUCAAACGUUAAAAAAUCCAAAUGAUUCACGAGAAUUGUGUUGUAUAGAUAUUUUAGACCGUUCAGUGCCAAUUAUUUUGAAAUAUCUUUUACCUAUAUUACCUUUAAGCGAAAGAUCCGCUUUGUCUUCAGUGUCUAACAUGGAUUUUUCUGUCUUCACGGAGCGCUCUCAUCCUGUUUGGUUUAGUGGUAGUACACUGCCUGUGUAUACACCUGUGGUUUUACCAGCUAAUUAUUUGAAUAACACUCAAUACUCUGGUUUAAUGUCUAACAAUGACGUGCAACAAAGUGAAGAAGUCCGAUUUAAUGGUUUAUCAAAUCUUCACGAUCUUAACAAAUUAAACAAUUGUAAUAAUAAUAACAACAAUUGUAAUACUAAUAAUAAUCCAACUGUAGGAAAUCCAGUGACCGGCAACACAAAUGAGAAAUCUAGACCCGAUGAAUCUGUUGUACAGGAAUCAUUUACGAAAAUCGUCAGACCGCAAGUUUCUGGAUUAUUCAUACCUUCGAAAUCUUUUGAUUUUCGUAAUAUACAAACUUCUAAGUCGUAUUUAUCUACAACACCUGUUCAUCGAAGAGCAUCUCAGUAUAAUCAACAAAUUCAGCAUACUCAACAAGCUUACAUUAUGCAGCCUGCACAAGAACGUGUAGCUGUCACAGAUGUAUGGGCUACUUGUCUUUCUAUUGUAUUCAACUCAUCUAAUUUGCCCACAAGUUGUCCCAUGGCCAUCAAAUCUGCUUGGUCAAUAUUGUUUCAACGAAUAAGUACUAUUUUUCCUCUAAUUGACCCAAGCGCACAAAUGGCUGAAAAUCGAGCAUCCUCGUUACUCCGAACUGGAAGUAAGAAACCUGCAAAUGAACGUGAACAGUUCAUUCCUCUUUGGCAUAAUUAUGUCGUUGUUGGAUGUUGUAUAGCUCCGAGCUCUACUGGUUUACGGAUUUCAAAAUCUCCAGAUACGCACUAUCAGCCUGGGUUCCAUCUACAAAAGCAUUCACUUGACUUUUCAACAAAAAGGGAUUCUAAUGAUUGUGACAACAAUCGAUCUUUUACUCAAUCAGAUGAAGUGGUAAAUCAAACGACUGAUUUGAAUGCUAACUCAUCGUCUAAUCGUUCAGCUGUAUCUAAUUCUCCAUGCACUAAUUGGUCUAAUUCGCCAGAUUUAAAGUAUUCAACAUCAUUUGGAAAAGUGAACGCUAGAGAUUUGGUCAAGUUGCUAGUGCCUUUGCUUAGAUGUGAACAACCGGAAAUAAGAGAUUCAGCUAUUGGUGGUCUUGGUCGGAUAAAUCCGGCUGCUUUCAGAGAUGUCCUUGAAGACUUGCAACCGUUGCUAAAAGAAUCUUUCGAUCGAAAACAAGAGAAUUUACGCCGUCGACGUCGACGUGAUGGUUUACGAUCUGCUUUAGUUAAAACUCUUUCUCUUAUGGCACAGACUGGUGUAUUUGCAUAUCCCGAAUCAAAUAUAGUCACACCUCAAGGGUCUUUAAUUUGUCAGCUUCUUGAUUACAUGGAUGGAAUGAGAGGUUAUUUAGAAUCAGUUUCAGACCAGUUAUUAAGUCCAAUCAAUUAUACGCAUCAAUUAUCUACAUCGUUAAAUCUCUUAGUUUCCAUACCCUCUGGUUGUACUUCUCAACAAGUUACUACAGUUGGAAGUAUUUCAAGCAAUCAUCAAGUGGGCGGAUCUAUUAGCACUAAUUCUGUAAUUGCUUCUUUAUCUACUCCUACAACUACUGGACCUUCAUUAACUAGUUAUUCAUCGGAAUUUUAUCUAUUGGGUGAAAUUCGCUUGCAUUUUUGUAUUUUUAUUAAAGAGCUAAUUCGACGUUUACCAAAACAGAAUCGUACAACUUUAUUGCCUCCAACAUUAAGGCAUCAAUUAUUUAUUUUGUUGUCUCAUUGGAGUGCUCAUUUUGAUCGUAUCAUGGGAACGUACUUAGGGUCUGAAGGCCCGGUGCUUACUGAAUCUUAUUCUUUUGAUUCAAAUGAAAAUAUGGUCGGGCAAUCGUCUAGUCUAAAUGGGAUAGUUGGUUUUUCUCCAUCAAAUGAAAUGCCUCACGGAAUUGUUGGGAUUCACCACCAGUUAUCUAGUGAUAAUUUCCUACAAUCUCUCAAUAGCCUGGGUGUUAACAGUGCUCCAUCUUCUGGUUCUAUAGAAUGUAAUGGUAAUAUGAGUGUUUCAUCAACCCAAACCACUCAGAGUCCUACAAUUCAACAGAAAACCUGUGAAAGCGAACAAAUUGAUAUGAGUGAAUAUGUGGAAUAUUGUUUAUGGAUUGAUUUAAUUUGGUUGUCAAAUCAAGCUAUGGCAGCUUUGGUAUGUUGUGGGGCAAUAUUUGAUCGUUCUGCCUUGCUACCGCAAGACAGUGGAAAAUUAAACCAGAUAAUCCUAGGUGUGGGUUCAGAUGCAUCAUCUGUUUCUGGUCCAGAACGUUUGAAUAGUGGCUCAGGUUCAAAUGUUCGCACUCCUAGUUCUGGAUAUGUGCUUCGUUGGAUUUCUGGACUUCUCGUUGCACGUGAUACUGCUCUCAGUUCAAGUCCGUGGCUAUGGUUUUGUCCCAUUACAGGACGCGGUCUUUUGCAUAGUACUUUAACUCCUGGAGGCGCAUCAUUGUGUGGCAAUAGUCAUACACGUUCUCGCAUGAUAGCAGCUGGUGGUGGUCGUCGAUUAGAUUCUCUACUUCGACAACUAGGUGAAGAAACUUUGGUCCUUAUGUUAGAUUUCAAUUCUGACAAUACCGGUCUCUUCAACUGGGUAAUUGAUCAGUGUUAUACUGCAUCAAAUAUAUCAUUGUCUACAGCAUGUUUUGAAUGCAUUUGCCUCAUAAUGAGUAAUAUGCCGAAUUUCGCUUGUGAUUUUAUUGCUAUGAUCACUUUAUGCUUCGUUUUUAUUGAUCAUCCUUCAAGAUUUCUCUCUGACAGAGCUUUCUAUUUACUGCGAAUUCUUUACCAGCGUUUUAUCAUAGAACCUGGCGAAAUUCUAUUUAAACAAGCACAUCCAACGGAAAUUGAUAAAUCAUUUGUUCUCAACGAAGCAGCUAAUUCUCAAUCAUCUCCAACUUUGUACAUACCAGGGGAUUGUGACUGUUUUCAGUUGUGUAAAUACCUGCAAAUAAAUAAACUAUUUUAUAAUUCUUUUAACCGUUGGUCUCCUUGUGAAGUUGUGAGACAGUUUGCCGCUCAACAUCCUGAAUUUACGAUCACUAUUUUUUCGGAGAUUUCUAAACGUCUUGAAAAUGCUAGAGAGGGUUUACGCAUCCCAUUAUUGCGUCUACUUUCAAUUUGGCUUGUCAAUGUGGAACUUGUAGAUCUUGUGGAAGGUGAUUUAUUCGAUACAACAAAUCAUAAUAUGGAUAAAGACGAUGAUGAUUUUUCCGAUAUAGAUAAGGAUAAUUAUGUCUGUCGGUCAAAUAACUAUCAAAAAUCUGGCAAUUUGCCUGAACCUGUUGGAAUUCCUACAUUUAGAGUUUAUAAUACCACCAGUUUAGUUGAAACAUCAGAACAGCAGCAACGAAAAGAUUGUCCUGAACAUCGUACUCGUCCAUCAAAACGAUACAAACGUUCAAAAAGCCUAUUAAAUUCGGAAUUACUUUAUGAUCAUGAGGAUGCUGACGCUGAUUCAGAUAAUAUUAUUGAUGAUCGAAAUUUCAAAUCACUAACACUGUUGCGAAUGCGUGCACGUCAAACUAUGCUAGAUGAACAUGCGGACAUUUGUAGUCCUCGAGCAUGCCAUUUUCAUAAUCAUUUCAAGAAGAAUGGAUGCAAGUAUAACGAUAAUAAUAAUAAUAAUAAUAAUAAUAAUAAUAAUAAUAAUAAUAAUAAUAAUAAUAAUAAUAAUAAUGAUCUACAUUGGUCAACUGUACCUCCUACUCUUCGUUCUAGAGGAUGGGGAUCGAAAAAAGCCACAGAAUUCGUGCUUACAAAUCUUUUCUACUUAUCCUUAAGGCUUGCUGAUUGUCCAACUUCAUCUGAGGUACUAAAACAACUUUGGUUGACGUUAAUUCGCUACCGGUCAACGAAUUUACGUGUGAUUCUUCGAUAUCUUAUUAUAAUUACUUCUAUUGCACCUGGUACUCUGUUAGUACAUGUUAAACGUCUCCUUACGUAUCUGGCUUCUGAGCAAGCUGAACGUGUCAUAGGAGAACUAAUGGUCGAAAUGCAGACUAUUGAUGGUAUUGGUCUAAUUGUUGAACCCAUAUCUAGUCUGCCAUUCUUUCGAGUUAGUACUUCUACUCAACAUCAUCGUCAAUCUAUCGAAAAACUAAAAUCUCACAGAUUUCAGUCAUGCAUUCCAAAUAAUUCAUCAUCGAAGACUGCGAGCAAUUCUAGUCAGAGAGUUAAUGAUCGUUUAUUAGUUAACCAAGAAGGAAUCGGACAACCAGAUGAUGAAUUAGUUGCACUCGGGUUAGGUAGUAAACCUUGUUCUAACACAACGGCGCAAAUGCGAACGUUACAUAGUGCUAUUGGAGGAAGUUAUGAUUAUCGCAAUAUCGAUUUUAAUUUGAAUGUGAAGUCUCCUUCAAAUGCAACAGUACGUCCAAAAUCAGCUACAUGUCAACCAUCUACUGUCACUAUAUCUACUAAUAGACCAAAUCAACAAACUACCUUAAAUGAAAGUAGAAUACAGUUUACAACAAUAUCAUCCGCUUCAAAAGAUAAUAACAAUAGUCACAGCUCUUCUGAAUCACCACAAUCAGAGAAAUCCCGUGAAUCAGCAGCAGCUUUAUGUAACUACCAGCUAGUUGAAGGAAGUGAUGGAGAGCCAGAAAUAGAUCUUGAUUCAUUUGAAGGUUUCACUAAGUGUGGAUCAAAUUUGGAUGAUAAAUAUGCUACUCUGCGCGCUAAAGAUAUUGCAGAUUUACUAACAUCACCUAACCCGAAAGACUUCCAAUCAAGUGAUUCUGAUUCUAAUUGUGAUAUACCGAAUCUAUAUAGGCGCGGCACAACAUUUCCCAUUAUUUCUGACGCCUACGAACGAUCUGUUUUUUCAUCUGUGCUAUCUAGUCCACUGAAUGAAACCAACUGUUUAUCAACCACUGGCAGAAUUUCAAGACAGCCGAAAUAUUUAAAAGAAUACAAAGAAAAACGAUCUAGAUGGUCUAACAAUUCGAAAGUUGAUGCUGUUGGAUCAUCGAGAUUAGACCCUUUUCACCAUUCAGCUUCAUUGCCACCCAGUCUUGCUGCCCUCCCUCCACUACCUUUACCACUUCCUGCCAGCAUUUCUUCCAUUCUAAGUCUUUCCUCAAGAGGAUCUACAGGAUCUAACACAUGUAUAUUGUCGAUAUCUCCUGUCACUGUUGAUAGAAAAAGCACUACCAGUUCUGAUAAAUCGGAUAUUAAGCCUUGUGUACGUAGAAGUUCGAACGUGGAAGUAAGUCAUUCGAGCAACAGAUCAUACCUUGACUACAACUGUAAGCCUCUCCCUAUGCCUGCAAAUGGAGGCUAUCACGCUCCUCUUGGUUUAUGGUUGUCUGAACCUUUGGUAAUCGGUGGGUCAGUUGUUUUCAGUGGUAGUUGGCCUCCUGCAGGACCUAGGGCACCUUUAGUUCUAAUAUUGGCCGGCGGUUUAACUCAGUCAAGAGAUAUCCACGUAGAUUGGAGUGAACAUCUACCUUUAAUGCUUCUUGGUGUAUUUCUUGGUAUUGACCACUGUCGUGCACUUGUACAAGAAGAAUCUAAACACUUGCUAGUAUCCUUGUUAGAUCAAGUGUGUCCACACCAUGAUAUUCUUCGUUUGUUACGGCUUGAAUUAGAAGCCAAUCUUCAUCGUCUUGCUUAUCCCUCUGGUUUUCCUGGUCCUCGUGUUCAAGACUAUCGUUUAACGUUAGAUGGUGGGCCAUAUCGUGAAAAGUUCAGCAUGGUUAUUAAUCCCUUCGAUUCUAUUGAAAGGGAUCAGUUGUUUCCUUCACCACUCGUUUCUUGUACAACCACAAAGCAUGAUAGAAAUAGUAACUUCAAAAGUAGGUCGCCAGCUGAAGAUGAAGAUAUUCUACAAACAACAUCAUCUGCUCUAAUACCACUGAAAGAUAUUAAUGUUACGACUAGCUCAGCUGCCAGUCCAUCUUCACCUAGCAUUAGUCCACCAAUAGUUGAAAAUUUUCAAACCCAUCCAACUCUGUUAACCGACCAAGGUCGAUUGAGUGGUUCAAUGUUUAGUCUUACUAGUACUGCAACUUUAAUUCCACGUCAUCAUGAAAGUAACCUCUUUGAAUCACACAGUUGCAAUGACUCAUUAAUACCUAAACGCAAUUCAGUUUGUUAUAACUUAAAUUCAAAUAAUUCAGAGAAGGAAGUUUUACGUAAUAAAACACUUGCAAGUGCUGUUAGACCUUCAUCUGUUUAUUCUAAAUCACGGUCUUCAAAAUCUGUGGCUUCGAACUGUGUCCCAUUCAAUAACCAUUGUUCAUUAAGAAUUGAGAAAACUAAGAGAAUUAAAAAAUCUGAUCUUAAACUAUUAGAAGAAGCUGUUCAACAACUUAAAAGUUUACUUUUGAAUAGUUCUGGACAAGCUAUAUGGACGUGGGAAGAUUUUAACAUACAACACAAUUCUUUUAGUACCACAUUUCAGUAUUCUUAUCAAAAUGAAUUUCAUCAGAUUCUUAACAACGAGAAAGUAGAAAAUAAAGAGUCAGUUAUAAAAUCAAUGACUAAUGUUAACUCUUUGGAACAACUUGUUAAACUUGUUGCUCGUAUACUAGCCUUAUCUGAAGCUGGUUCUGAACAGGCUGAAAAGUGUUUGCAGUGCUUACAUGGUCCACCACAUGAUCAUAAUAGCCAGAGUUUAACUUUUGCAGAUGAUGAUUACAAAGAUACGAUUAUUGAUCAUUCAAAUUAUUGUAUGGUUGCACGUUUAUCUCGAAUUGCUUUGAAUACUGGUUUAUCGUGUCCUAGUCGACAUCUUGCUAGUCGUUCUUUGCAAAUUCACCGCGCUCUUGGUGCUAGAUUGGGUGAAACAGUAUCUGAUGGGAGUGAAGAAAUACAGGGUUAUGUCGCUGAACUUUUCCUCACACAAGAAGCGGCUAUUCAUCAUUUGAAAUCAAAAAGUGAUAGUUUGCUGGAAUCUGCGUCUUAUUUUACCUCUGAACCUACCUCUCCAUCAUCUAGUUCACUUAAUGGGAGUGGACGUAAAUCAGUGCAAAAUAUAGUUUCAAUAUCAGAUCGUCGUCAUUUUCAUCGUCAUUCAAAAUCUUCAUCUUUAAUUGGAAAUCGGCCAUGUCAUUUAAGUUCUGUUAUGCCUAUCAAUGAUUGUGGUUUAUCUAAAUUAACUCAAUCAACCUCUCCAAAUUUGGAGUAUACAUCAUCAACCUUAUCAUUUCCUUCGGAUUCUAAUCACUUAACAAAAAUAUCUAGUACUUCAAAUACAUCUACACCUAAGCCAAAUAAUAACAAUAAUAAUGUAUGCCUGUUACCCCCAGAAGAACGUGCUGAUCUGAUUAUUGGAAUCUUUUGGACCGGCGUUUUACUCCUGGAAUCAGAUUUUGAACAUGAAUAUUUGGUUGGUUUAAAACUCUUAAAUUUAGUUAUUCCGAGUGUUUGCACAUCAAAUUUAAGCCAAUCAUCUAAGUGUUCGAAAAUAAAUUUGAGUGAUAGGGCGCAAAAGAUGCUUAACCAAUUACAAUGGAUUCCAUGUUUUCCUGGAAUACUUAGUUUGGUGAUUAAAGGUUGUUCUUCACCAAAUCUUGUGGAUCAGUCUUGUCGAUUACUCGUAUCAUUAAUCCCCUUUCUCACUCAUCCUCUGGUAGUACCAACUGGACGUAUGGGGUUAUCUGUUCAAUUAUCAUUUCCUAUUGUUCUGCUUACUCUUAUGCCUAUGUUAAUAACCGCUUGGGAUGAAGAUCCAUUUACAUCAGUCCCUAUAAACCCAUGUGAUACUAAUGCCGAACAACUUAGUUUCUUACAGGGUGGUUUUCUAGGUAGAGGUAUAUGUGGAUCGUCAAAUGUUAUUCCUCGAGCACUUGGUUCAUGGACGUCGUGUUUUUGUACUCCAUACACGGCGUAUACGAAUCCAAACAUAGCAUCUAAUUCGAAACUAAGGACAGACAGUAUCGGGCUGUUUGGUAAUUGUCCAUCAAACAGCCUUGGCACUUUCAGUGUUCAUGAAUCAACGUCGAACUUAAACUCAAUAGCUACAGGAAGCACUAGUCGCGACACGCAAUUGAAUUCGAAAUCACCAAUUUUACGGCCAAAGAACCCCAUUUGUAUUCAGGCCGCCGAAUCACUUGCUCAGGCUGCAUUAAAAACUGAUCCAAUCCAAUUUACAAAUCUAGCACUGAUUCUCCGUCUUUAUGCUUCUGGUAGUUUUUCCAAGGACGUUGAUCAAUGGAGUCGAUGUGUUAUAUGCUAUUUAUUAGAAGGUUGUAGCUCAAAUAUAUCACGUUUGCUGAAACAUAUCAACAUGCUCUUAACUUCUGGACCACCUUGUCUCCAAUUACCUUUGCUUAAAGUGGCUCACUUGUUUUUACAACAAGUUGAUAUCAAUCAACGAGACAUGGAAUACUCAUUACAAAAUUUUAUUACGUCGAUUGUUAACCAGUUUAUUGGAACAUGUUUAUGGACCCAUGUUAUUCCAAUUUUACAAGUUACCGUUUCACGUUCAGCUGUAUUGAACUCUGUUCCAGAAACACCUGCAUACACUUUACCUGGUUUAGAUCCUUCAGGUAGUGGUCGUGUAUUAGAUUAUGCAAUCGCUUCGGCAGCAGUAGCUGUUCCACUACCAGACAGUGAACCUCCUAGAUUAGAACUUGGUGGUCCUGUGUUAGAUUUCACUUUUAAUGUUCUUCAAGAAGCCCCAUUAUUAGCUCCUCAGUAUGCCCCAAUCUCUUCAUCGCAUUCAACUUCUGAAAAUAUAUCUAAAGUGGAUAUUCCAACAUUUGAUCAUACUUCAUCAUCAAAGGGCACUAAAAAAGAUUUUAUUGAUGUUAGUGAUAUCGGCCUAACUGAAAUAUUCGUAUCAGCAUCUAAUGGGUGGAAUAAGCCAGGAAACUCUCAGAUACGUUUGCGCGAAAAGCUCUAUUGUUUAGUCAGUUGUUAUGGACUUCCUCCUCAACAGUGUAUCAGUGCUCCAAGAAGUCCUUCGGUUAUAUUCAGUCAAUCUACUGAAACUUUAGAUCCUCAAUUAAGUAUCCAUUCCAGCAGUGAAACAACAUCUGUAGUCGAUAUUAGUAAUUCAGAUGAUAUUCAUUUAGAUGAUACAAGUAGUGGUGAACAGACUGCUGUGUUUCGUGAUUUGGAUACCUAUUUAGAUGCUCAGUUGAUGAAUAUAAACUUUUUAGGUGUACCAGAUUGUAGAUUAGCGUCAACAAAUGCUUCCAUGAGUGAGGAAGAACCUAGACGUCCUUGGGGUGUACGAGGCCAAGCAAUUACAUGUCAUUUCGAUUUUAAUGGAGAUGGGAAUGAAUCAGUUAAUAAUGAGUCUGUCGGUGGCUUAUCUCGAACUGUACAAUCGUUGGAGAAAACAACUAGUAGUUUGGCACAUAGUAUCACAGAAUCGGAUUAUUUUACAGCUGCUUAUCAACAUCAUCAUAACCACUCAGAAAAGCAGCAUCAAAAUAGAACACAUUCAUUGCCACAUUUAACAUGUGUUGCUAAUAGUCUAAGUGAUGUGAAAGAUACAGAAUCUAAUAGUUCGAGUACAAAUCGAUAUUCAACGAUAACAAUUAGUAAUAAUUAUACAGAUGAUAACAUAGAUGGCAAAUAUUCAGCAGCAUCAUACAGUGAAGAACAACAACAACAACAACCACUACUACCACAGUUGGAAUACAAAAAACCAUCAACUUCACUUGCCUGGCAAUCAUUCGCUGAGGAACAGUCAAAUUUUAGCGUUAAUGAUUUGAUGAAUGAUGAGUUUACUGGAAAAGAAAAGUUUAAUAAAGGUAUACAGGUAGUGAAAUAUCCACUUGUUACCGUACGCAAUUCACGUAGUGAACGUGUAACAUUUAAUAUUGAUGGUGAUAAAAAUCAAGAUGAUAAUGAUGAGGUCGGUAGGCAGGAUAAUGUUCAUCGAAAAAAUAAGAUAUCUAUGGACGAUGGUAUAGAAAAAAUCAAUGAUCGAUGCAUGUCAAAAACGUGUAAGGGAAUCCUAAUCAAUCGCUCAAAUCAUGAUUAUGUUAAGGGACUAUAUAAUGGAUUGCUACUGUCCGAUACUGUGCUCGCUAAUAAUUCUCGAGUACGAUCCGCGUCAACACAAUCACUCAAUAAUGAUGGGAAUUACGAUGAAACUAAUAAUUCAGAUCAAAAUUUAAGGUCACGUAUAUAUUUUCCUCGAUGUCUGUCAUCUAAUCGUAAUGAAGUACGUACAAAAUAUAUAAAUCAUGACAGAUUGACAGAUGAACCUGAACAAACAGUUGAUAAUCACCAUUAUCAUUUUUCUGUGAAUACUCCACAAAAACUUUUGGUUGGACAAAUCAAACGUAGUGUAUCAACAUCUGAAUUAUUAUUGACUAGACAACAUUUUACAUUAAAUAAUAAACCAAAUGAUUACAAAUCUUUAAUUAAUUCUGCAGUGUUGUCACCGUUAACAUAUCAAAAUAAAGUUAGUUAUCAUGUAAAUGACAAAUAUUUUACUAGCUUCUCUUCAUCUUUAUCAUCGACAAGGUCACUGUCGCCAGUAAAUCAUCACAGCCAAUUCGAACAAACGGCGUUUAAUUUAAUUAGUACAAAUGAUACAGAUAAUUUGAACACUAAUGAUAAUAAUACUGAUUUAUCAAAAAUCAUUUCAUAUCGACCAAAUUCACUUUGUUCUUCCGUAUUGCCUCAAUCGAUUCCACUUUCAUUAUCACCAACAUUAACAGCACCAUCUGUACAUAGUUCUCAUUUAUCACUUCAUUGUAUUGAAAUUAUUCGAAAAUCCAGUGAUCUCCCUGUUAUCCAUAGAAAGCAUAAAGCAACAAGUGAUUCACAUUUGAAUUGCUUUAAUAAACAGUUAUUGUGCCAUCAUCAAAAACUUCAUCAAUCAAAUAGUCAUCAUCGGUGUUAUCAUUUUUCAUGUGUUAAUGAAAGCACUCAUAAUGUUGAUUCAUCUGAGUGUACUUCUUUGAACAAAAUCGUAUCAGUUCAACCAAUACAAAGAUUAUGCAAUUGGAAGUAUCCACUAAUUACUCAACAAAAAUGGAUUGCAUUAGAACCUUUAUCGAACUCAACCUGUUUACACUUCGGUGAACUACAAAAGUUAAUAUCGCUACUGAUGGGACUUCCACAAUUGUAUCAGGAAAUAAUUUCACGCUAUAUUAAUUCUGUUAACGAUACGAUCGAUUUGUCUGUUUGUUGUUGGACUGAAUCAAGCCGAUUGAAUUGUUUAGCGAAAUUAGUCGAAAAAAUCAAAACCUAUUUGAGACCACCUUGGUUUUUUUGUCGUUUAUGUCAGGUAAAUCCUAAUUGUAUCUUACGGAAUGUUUUUUUUUCUGAAAUAUCAUUGCUUUUUUAAACAUAGUGUAAAAUUCUUAAUAAAUGAGAGUAGAAUCAUUACUGACUACUUUGGUUUUACACUUCAAUCUAAUUUCAGGCUUUUAAAUUUUCUACACAUAGAUCGUCCAGUCGACAAAAGAAUGAGUAUUUAUGGUUUGUCGGCUUAGAAAAGAGUAAAUUAAGUGGUAAAGUGCUUAAAGCUAAUAUUAUAUGGUGAAGUUUGGGAACAUUCUCAAUCAACUAUUUUUUUCCAAUAAUACUUACUUUCUUAAAUCAGAAUAGCUCAAAAAAAAUCACAAUAUAGCUUUAUUCAUAUUGCUCAACUGCCAUAUUUACAACGGGUGUCUAUGGUUCGAAACACGUAAUCUAUUGUCACAGAGGAAAGUAACUGUCAACUCGAAUACUACUUUCGAAUAUUAAUUGUUUUUAUUAAACAAAAUCAACUGACCCAUAUCUUACACUGACUGCGCAUUGUGUUGUGAAAAAAAAAACGAUAACUGACCGAAAUCGGCCACCUGUUAUACAUCUAUAUGUUAACAUGUUACUCUGUUCAAGGUAGUAUUUUAAAGCACGCUUUGUAUAUGUGUGUUGGUUGGUCAAUGAACAUACUGAAGUAUGAGCUACAAAUUUUUAAUACUUUAUUAGCAUUGAUAAGAUCCAUUAAUUACUUGUUUAAAAAUGUGUGAGUAGCUGUUAUCAAUUGAUUAUAUCGUUCACUUUUACUUUCCAUGCCGUGAUACUAAUCUUUUACAUCAUUUAUGUUCAUUCAUAUUAUACCUGUGGUCUGUAAUUUCCAUUUAUUCAAAUGACACGAUUUCCUAAAUUUUACCUCAGAAACAAUAACACUAUUAUCUUGCAUUGUAAUUGAACUUCUUGUGUAGAAGUGUACGGUUUGUAAUCAAUUUCACUGUCAUAGAAAAGAAAUAAGUUUCUGGACCAUUUUUUGUGAUUCUUUGUUAUAUAAUCGUUGUAGUAUAGUGAACAAAGUGGUCAGGUGAGGAAAACCAACUCAUUGUUAAAUGUAAAAUUAGUGUUUUCGUAAAAUAUGGAAACCAUAAAUCGAAUGCAUAAUUUUCACAACUUCCAUUAGUUGUAAUUUACAGGCUUCAUGAUUCUUUCAAUUCCUUUGUUAUUACAAGUACUUAAUGUUUUGUUCAAUAGAAUCUUCCUAAUCUUCUGCAGGCGCGCAUUCCACUUCCGACUAGUGCUACAUACUACUUAUAUCUGUCAACAUAAGUAGCAUACGCCAUAAUAGUUCAUAACCAAUAUUUCAGAUCCCCUUGAGAUAUCCACUUUUUCAUUUAACUUGUUAAAGACAUCAUCUUAAUGCCAGUUUGGACGAUAUACUGGUCACUUCACUUCGGUAGUAAUGAACGUUUUCGUAAUAUUAUGGAUUUCAGUUAGGUGCUUUCAUGACUCCUCAUUCGAAUAAUCUUUCCCCUCUCCAUAGUUAUUCGUUGUGUAGUAUUUUGAUGCAAUAUGCAUUUGUGACAGAUUUUACAUCGAUGACUGACUAACUUCUUGACAUUUACGAAAUGUUCAUAUCUCUGACACCAGUAUUCCGACACCAUAAAAUAAUAUGGGUGUAAAUGUUAUUAAGUCAAUCUCAUGACUAUUAAAUCUUUAUCAUUGCAAAUAUUCUUUUUUGCUAAGGAUUUCAUAUUCGACCGGUACUUGAAGUUGUAAUAUUUCAAAUAUAGUUUACCAAAGGAAAUUUCACGUUAAUAUACGCUAUAAUGAAUUUCUAUAUUCAUCAUGAUUACUCAUUCCUGUUUUACUUCAGGAUGAUCUUACUGAGACGGUUCAUUCUUAUUUAAUAAGUAACAUGAUUCAUUUAUUGGAAAAACACCAAGGAAUCCAAAAUCAAUUUGAAAAACUUUAUAAUGUAAGUUUAAAUUCUGUAUUGCAACCGCAAUUUCAAAAUAGGAAUUAUGAUUGUAGCAACUUGAGUAGGCAAAAUAGAAAUGUUUAAUGAUAAUUUAAUACUUUUAGUAUUGUGGUAUCAACCUUCUUUCCAAUAAGAAAAUACCUUUUCUGAUUUUUGCGUUUUGUAAAUACGUCAUGUGAAAGUGUUAUACACUAGCCUGCUUGUCUGACCAUUAUUAUUGAUUAUGUUACUAUAGAAGGUGAAUGACUUCUACUUUUAUAAACUGAAUGAUAAAGAAUUAUCAGAGACUAAGUAUUGUUGACAUGAGUUUGAAAUUUGUAUGUUUUGAUAAGAACUACUGUAGUUUCUGAAAUAUUGAAGGCUUUGACAUAGUUUAAAUUGCUCAUACUCCAAAACUUUUAAUUAAAGAACAAAAUCUGAUACAUUUAUCGUCAUUUAUUAGAAGGUACGAACCCGACAGACUGAGGGCAAAUAAUCAGUGUUAAGAAUCAAGAAAAGUUGUUAAACGUCCUAGUUUAGUUUUACAUGACUUACAGGUCAAUAUAAACAUUUGAGCCUAGUAUUGUAAGUAACUAUACACAGUAUAAUAUUAACAAGUUACUAUUAAUAGAUGUACCUCAUGAAGCUGGUCACAGUUAAUCUUAAUCUACCUACGCCAAGGUUCUGUAAUUUAUUGACAGGGAAAAUGAGCUUAUAAGAAAUACUAGUGGUCCUCUAAGAAACCACCUGCUUAGGUCUGGGUACCCGGGCGGUACCACAUCCCUCACACGAAUCAAUGAUAACUGCUACUGACCUCAUUGUUAUUGUGUGGUAUUUAUGUAUUUGGUGCCCCUGUACCGAUGUUUAUGUGUUCAAAUAAAUAAAGUAAUUAAAACACAUGUAGGGACCCACUGAUAAUCUGUGUAAGCAUGGUACAUAAUCCACAGUUAAUUCUUGAUAACUAUCGCUAUCUAAAACCCGAUUGUCUAGGAAUUGUAGCGUGAUUUAACUAUUCCUUUUAAGUACUAGUGACGAUUGUAGUUUUUAUUUGAUACUCACUUUCCUCCUGCUUAUUUUGCUCGUUUUAACAGCUAUUACAAUCUGAAAAUACCAGAGACACAUUUAUCCAACUAUUCUGUGAUAUGUUCACUAACUUAAUAGAAUUUGUGAAAUAUUCAUAUGCUAGUGUUGAAACCAUUUAUGCUAAUUUAUCCAAGUUGAAGAAAAAUGAAAUCCUAUUCCCUGCAAUACUGGAUCGAUCUUGUCAUUUCCAAUAUUUACUAAAGUGUGUUCUAUUAGGUCUAGACUUGACCAGUGAUAUCAAUAAUCAUGAUGAUAACAGUGAUGUACCUAUCAAACCAGCUAUUUGCAAUGAACCCGCUGCUUUAAAAAAUCAACUAUGUGAAUUCCUAGCAAACAUGCUGACAAGUUU